AUGGCCGACUCGCCAGGCUCUUCCGACUUGUCAGACCCCCCUAGUGUGGAAUCCGACAACGAGGACCAGCUCAGCACCGCGGUCCCGUCCUCGCGACCCAGCGUGGAUAUCACCUACACCGAAACAGAGACCCUCGCGCCGCCCUCGAAACGACGCAAGACCGGGCCAAACACUCUCACCAGCCUCGAUCGUGCGCCAUCGUCGCAGCCGGAGCCCGAAGACGACAACAUCAGUCUGUCCUCGGACGGCUUCAGCAGCGCGCCAGGCUCGCCCAAUGACGAUGAAUACUCGCUGCGAGAACAGGCGCAGACGCUGUGUCUGUGGAGGGACUGUGACUUUGGAUCUGCAAUCAACAACGAUGAGUUAGUGAAGCAUGUGCAGACGACGCAUUGCGCGACGGGGGGCCCUAAGAAGAGCAAGUAUCUCUGUGAAUGGGGGGAGUGUCAGAAGAAGUCGAGCAGUCAUCCUAGCGGGUAUGCGUUGAAGGCGCAUAUGAGGAGUCAUACGAAGGAGAAGCCGUAUUAUUGUGCGCUGCCGGAAUGCGACAAGGCAUUCACCAGAUCUGACGCCCUGGCUAAGCAUAUGCGAACGGUGCAUGAGCCCGAGCCAGCGAAAGGAGGCCCAGGCUCCGUCAAUGAGCCGACACCAUCAGGGAAGAAGAGUCUCAAGAUCAAGCUCACGAAUGGCAGUGGCGCUGCCAAAACACCAUCAACUCCGCAAGACAUGGGCCCAACCCAUGACGAGGACGGCAACGAAAUCGAUCCAUCCCCCGCAAAGGACAACAUCACAUACAUCCCCGCCCACCACCCCAUCACGGGCCAGCCAGGUUUCAUGAUCCACUAUCCGCCAGACAUCCAAUUCACCGCGUGGGAGAGCAGCAUCACCGCCGACCAAUUGAUGAGACUGCUCCGGCGACAAGAACACUGGGCCCAACAAGAAGGCGAAGUGCUGAAGCAGGAGAUUGAGCGGAUGGAGGCGCAGAGGAGGGAGGAGUGGACUUUGAAGGAGGUUUUGCUGGAGGGGUUGUUGGAGGCGGAUCUGGCGCAGGCGGAGAAAGAUCAAGUACUCCGAAAUGUUGAUGGGCGGGUGAAAGAGGCGAUGCGGAGGGAUGUCGAGCCUGCGAAGAAGCUGGAGUGGACGGGCGGGGAGCCUGCAUGGCGGCGGGAGAAACUUGGAGGGGAUGAGAUGGAUGUGGACACGCCCGAUCGUCCUCGCGGGAGGAAUUCACCUUCGCCACCUCCGACUGGCGUUUCUGGCGGUGGAGGCUUCGAUGGCGACGCAGACCCUUACGACAAUUAUCUUGCUACUAGAAUGGCGGAGUAUGAAGAAAGGGAGAGGCUGCGAUCAAUGCAGAACACUCCCGCCAAAGCCGCGCAGGAGCAGCAGGCGGCUGAGCAAGACGCAGUCGGUGCGUUGAUGGGAUUGAAGGGUGGUGGUGACUAG